GAGUGAAACAAAACUAAUUUUGACAGCAAAGAAUUUGGCAACGAAAUCUUGUGGUGCGCGUGAAUGUGAAUUUAUCCAAAAACAAAUUUUAAUUUUGUGCUCCGGUGCGGAUAGAGAGUUCCAUCAUGAGCGCAUUAAUUAAAGUCGCCGUAUCCAAGAGUCCUGCUUCACUGGCUACACACCUAUACCGAAAUCUCCAUGUAUCUGUUGGAGGUGCACGGCCAGCAAAAGAUGCCUCGGCGAACAGCAACACAACAAAAGCAUACACAGUCAUAGACCACAAGCAUGAUGCCUUGGUGAUUGGAGCGGGUGGUGCCGGGCUCCGAGCUGCCUUUGGUUUAGUUCAAGAGGGAUUCAAGACUGCUGUUGUCACGAAGCUGUUCCCCACAAGGUCCCACACAGUAGCGGCCCAGGGUGGCAUAAAUGCUGCUCUAGGUAACAUGGAAGAAGACCACUGGUUGUGGCAUAUGUACGAUACUGUGAAGGGAUCCGAUUGGCUGGGAGAUCAGGACGCGAUUCACUACAUGACACGAGAGGCGCCGCACGCGGUAAUCGAGUUGGACAACUACGGCAUGCCAUUCUCCCGCACCCCCGAGGGGCGUAUCUACCAGCGCGCCUUUGGAGGGCAGUCCCUCAAGUUCGGCAAGGGAGGGCAGGCGCACAGGUGCUGCGCUGUGGCUGACAGAACGGGCCACUCCCUUCUCCACACACUGUACGGUCAGUCUCUCCGCUACGACUGCGAAUAUUUCAUCGAAUACUUCGCAAUGGAUCUACUGAUGGAAGACGGCGUUUGCAAAGGAUGCAUCGCGCUUAACCUCGAAGACGGAACUCUACACAGGUUCCAAGCGAAGAACACGAUCCUAGCGACGGGCGGCACCGGGCGCGCGUACUUCAGUUGCACGUCCGCGCACACGUGCACCGGCGACGGCACCGCCAUGGCGGCCCGCGCCGGCCUGCAGAACGAGGACAUGGAGUUUGUGCAGUUCCACCCCACCGGUAUCUACGGCGCCGGCUGCCUGAUCACGGAAGGUUGCCGUGGUGAAGGUGGAUUCCUGGUGAACGCCAAAGGGGAAAGGUUCAUGGAGCGGUACGCACCCGUAGCCAAGGACCUCGCCAGCCGGGACGUGGUCUCUAGGGCCAUGACCGUAGAGAUCAUGGAGGGUCGCGGCUGCGGGCCGGAGAAGGACCACGUGCACCUGCAGCUGCACCACCUGCCGCCGGACCAGCUGAAGCAGCGGCUGCCCGGCAUCUCCGAGACCGCCAUGAUCUUCGCGGGCGUCGACGUCACCAAGGAGCCCAUUCCUGUGUUACCAACCGUGCAUUACAACAUGGGAGGCACUCCUACCAACUAUAGAGGGGAGGUGCUGACCCACCACAACGGCGCGGACCGCAUCGUGCCCGGGCUGUUCGCGGCGGGCGAGGCGUCGUGCGCGUCCGUGCACGGCGCCAACCGGCUGGGCGCCAACUCGCUGCUGGACCUGGUCGUGUUCGGCCGCGCGUGCGCGCUCACCAUCGCCGAAAUCGCCAAGCCGGGCGAUUCGCAAGCACCUCUCAAGAACUCGACCGGUGAAGCCAGCAUUGCGAACCUGGACCGCGUCCGCUACUCGAACGGCUCGAUCGCCACCGCGGACUUGCGCCUGCGCAUGCAGAAGUGCAUGCAGACCAACGCCGCCGUCUUCCGACAACAAAGCACGCUCGAAGCUGGCCAGAAACUAAUCCACGAGAUCUACAAACAGAUAGCGGACGUGAAAGUGUCCGAUCGCUCAUUGAUUUGGAACAGCGAUCUAGUGGAGACGCUCGAACUUCAGAAUUUAUUGAUAAACGCCGUUCAGAUCGUAGAGGGGGCGCUGGCGAGGCAGGAGUCCCGCGGGGCGCAUGCUCGGGAGGACUUCAAGACCAGGAGGGAUGAAUUUGAUUACUCCAAGCCUUUGGAGGGACAGACAAAACUUCCAUUCGAGAAACAUUGGAGAAAGCACACACUAGCGGAGACCAAUGUGGAAACAGGAGAGACCAAACUGAGUUACAGGCCCGUCAUAGAUAACACACUCAAUGCGCAGGAGUGCAAGACUGUGCCGCCCGUCAUCAGGACGUAUUGAGACGAUCUAGGUAUAAUUACGCUGACCGAGUCGAUCAGUAUUUUCAGCGCCACUCGAUCACAUGGUGUUCAUUAAGUUGCGAUUAUUUAUAUCAUGUAAUUUAUUAUAGUUAGACUGUCGAAGCGCUACAAGUACGAAAAACCUCCACAAAUGAUCCGAGCUAGCGAGUACAAAACGCAUGCCUUAAACAUCGUUACCAUAUGUCCUCGAAUUAAAAGUUUUCGUUGCUGUCAUAUUUUUCUGUGAAUAUCAGCAUUUAUUACAAAUUAAAUAUACUUUUAACGCACCACGGUACUUAAAAAAAAUAAUUCAAUACAAACAUGUUUUUCGUAUUUCGAAAGCGUAUUUGUAAUACUAUUAGAUGUAGUAGAACACUUUUUAUGAAUCGAAAUUGUGUAAAUAUCGGUAUCAUAAUCUCACAUUUUUAAUGUUUCGCCUUGUGUAUUUAUUUGCCCGUGGACAUGUUAUGAUAUUACUUUUAUAUUACUGCUUGUAUUGUUCAAGAGUCAAGCAAAUAUUACUAUUUGAUGACUAUGAAAAACGUUUGUAAAAAAUUCAACCUCGACAAAUUUUAUCUCAAUUUUUAAUCGAAAUAUUGAAUUGGCAAUGAAGACCUGCUUUAUUUAAUUUUGCAUGGAAGUUGUUUUUAUAAAUUUUUACUUACGUAAUGUACCUACCUCAAUUCCUUGUUCAUAUCUGAUAACAAAUCUUUCUACUUAUAUUAUGUAAAUUCCGAAUUUUAUAUCAAUCGAAAUUUUUAUUUUAUUCAAAUUUCCGCAGUAUUAUGAAAUUUUGUUUGAAUAAACUGUGAAUUAUGGUACAACUGAGUAGAACUUAAGGAUACAGAUUUGAUGUAAGAAUAUGUGAAUAUAAUGAAAUUGUGUUA